UUCAUUUGAAACGAUUUCACAUUCGUUGAGCGAAAGCUCGACUGCCCGAAUGACGUUAGCAAAUUCCGUGCGGCUUUUGUAUAAACUGUGUGUAAACGCUGCUCCCGGUCAAUAUACAUAUUCGGACUUGAAGAACCGUUCACUGACUCAUUUGCAGAGCUGGUUUCUAGAUUUUAACAUUACGAUCAGUCAUACGGAAUCUGCUGAGCCACUCAUUGGAGGCAGUGCAAAGAUUAUAAAGCCAGAUAUCAAAGCAACCAAUGGUAUCAUUCACAUUGUUGAUAAAGUGUUGGUGCCAGAUAUGGCUCGGAGGAAUGUCACCAAAGAAUCUGAUUUGUAUGAAUUUCUUUGCGUACAAGAAAAAAAACAUUUCUUCCAGUUUUGUAAAAAAAUUAAGGAUCUUAACCUUACGGGCAACUUUAAAAACUGCUCAUUUUGCACCGUAUUUGUUCCCACCGACCAAUCACUCCUUGAACUUCACUGGACACAUUGGAAUAAAUUGAAAAAGGAAGACAUUUUGUUCCAUGCGACAGAUAAUUAUAUUCGAGAAUUUUCUGUUUUGAAAAAAGGUCAGCAAUUUUCUACUCUGGCAGGAACAUACUAUAAAGUAUUUUUACAAAAGAAGAACAAAACGGUCUACAUAAACGAUAUUAAGGCUUCAUUAUACAAGACGAAGCAAACUUACGUGGUUUAUAGCAUCACAAAGGUUCUCCGUGCUGUGGAAAAUACUUGCUUCAAACGUAUUAUUCUUCGCCAAAGGAUGAAAUGUCAGCCUUGUACUUUCAGUCGGAGAAACUGCCAAAAUGGAUUUUUUUUUCAGAGAACCAAUCUUUGUUACUUUCAAGCGUUUGGUCGCAGAAGGGUUGGUUGUCAAACGUUAUGCGUUAAACUUUUUCGGAUUCCACAAUGUUGUCCAGGGUUUUAUGGUUUUGCAUGUUCUGCUUGUCCCAAUGUUCAUGGUAAAGUAUGCAACGAUCGUGGGCAUUGUGACGACAAACAAACUGGCAGCGGGCAUUGUAAUUGUACUGGCAAUUUUGAUGGUGUUGCGUGUGAAAUGUGUAAAAACGGCUACUGGGGACCGAAUUGUGACAAAACGUACAUUUGUGGUGGUAAACAAUGUCCUGAGCACUCCAGCAGUUGCGGAAAAGAUAAUUCAUCUUGUAAAUGCGACAAUGGUUUCAACAUGACUGGAGGAAUAUGCCAACGUAAUAUUACGUGCAAAGACAACCUUAGUGAUUGUUCACCCAAUGCCAAGUGUAAGCACAUCGAUAAAAGUCCCUGGACAAAUUGCACCUGUAAAAAUAAUUACCAAGGAAAUGGUUAUGUGUGUCAAGGCCUUAACUUAUGCUCGAAUAAGUCAACAACACCAUGUAGUGAAAAUGCCACGUGUGUCUAUCUUCGUCCCGGUCGGGCUGCAUGUAAAUGUCCCUACGGCUAUACUGGAAGCGGCUUAAAGAAUACCAAAUGUAUUCCUAUUGAUCGUUGUGCAAAUGAUAAUGGCGGUUGUAGUUUCAAUGCGAAGUGUUCCUUUGAUUUCGUUUCCCUUAAUGCAACUUGCAAAUGCCUGCCAGGCUUUGUUGGUGAUGGCUACACAUGCACAGGAAAUGCUAUCGAGGUUAUACAAAAUGAUCCAGACUUAAGCGAAUUUCACUCGCGUUUAAUGAGUUCGUCGAUCACAAACGCUCUCGGUCCUGAGAAUCAUUACACGUUAGUUGUUCCUCAUAACAAAGCGUUUUCAUCCCGACGACGAAAGCGUCAUAUUGUGGAUGAAUCCGACAUUGAUCUUAAUCAAUACAUCAUCAGUUGUGUUGUACUCUCCGUCGAAGAUUUGAAUUCUACCAAUCAAAUUUUCACCACACUCGACGGCUCAAAUCUUGUCAUCACUGCGCCAAUGGUUAUCAAUAACACAAUUCGCAUCCAAAAUGUGACAGUUAUAGCAAACAGUGCCAUAUUGAUCGUUGAUGAACUUCUUCGUGCUCCCGUUCAAAGGAAAAACCACUCCCAUCAUCACAUGACUUUCAUGGAAGCAGCAAUGCACCCUGAUAGGAAAAGAAGCUACUCUAUGUUUGUCAAUCUUCUAAAUAAAACAAUCAUUUUAGAUAGGUUACCAUACAAGCGACCUCACACAAUGUUUUGGCCGACAAACGAGGCCAUCACGAGCCUGCCCGAAGAUAUUCGGUCGCAGUUAUUUAAUAACAUGGAAUACGCUCGGAAGAUCAUCUCGUAUCAUAUCAUCGAUGGAACAAACGUGACAGCAACCGAGGUUCUUGGUUAUGCUGGCGGUUUGUGGAGGAAAACGCGCGCGAGAUCAUCUGUUUUUGUGUCGUGCAUGGGAGGCAAGGGUGAUUUCUACGUGAACGGACGAAGUCGAAUUGUGGAACGCGAUAUAACCUUCUUGGAAGGUGUUGCUUUUGGAAUAUCUCAAAUGUUGCUACCCGCAGGAAUCGCGGGAAGAUGUGACAAAAUCGUUGACGAAAAAUUCAAGGGAAGGUGUACUGCUUGCUUUGAUUUUGGAUCCUGUCCACCCGGUUCGACUUUAUUGGGUGUUACGAACUCCUCGUGUCUCUAUGAAAAAAACAUCCUUGGUUGUUCGUCACUGUGCACUAGACGGACUACGACCCGAGAAUGUUGUAAACAUUUUUAUGGCGCCGACUGUCAAGCGUGCCCUGGCGGACUAACACCAUGCUCAGGAAUUGGUGAAUGUAAUGAUGGAUUGAGCGGAAAUGGAACUUGUUUCUGUCACGAGUCUCAUUUCGGACGAAACUGUGAAAAAUGUGGCUCAAAUGUAUCAAAAUGUAUUGAAGCCAAAGCAGAGGUGUGCUCAGACCGAAAGUAUCCAUGUUCGAUAUUUGCUUCGUGUGACAUAACACGUCCACAGAUGUGUCAAUGUACAAACGGUUACGAAGGGACGGAUACUAUUGCCAAGAAAUCGAUAGAUGUUUGA